AUGACGACAAUUAGAGCUGGAAAGAAGAAAGGAAAGGGGCCAGUUGCACCAGUGACGGCCCAGGAUCACUUGGAGAGCGGAGUGACUGAAGAGGAUCAUGGAGACCGUUGGAUCGGGUCCGGAGACGCUGCCAAGGCUCUAAGGUUCUAUCAGACAGCCAAUUCGCUGUAUAGGAAGGCAAUUGCGCUUGAUCAGGGCCAGUCCUGGGUCAGUAAAGAUUCUAUCUACAAUAUCGCGAGAAUGCAGUACAUGAUAUUCAUCAAAGUAGUGAAACCAGGUCUUCUACCGGAACUGGCGCCUUUACUCAAUCCAGAGACCAAUCCCGCGGAAUCAGUGAUUGCUCAGGAUAUAUCAGUUAUUGUUCAGACUCAUGAACAGGCAUUGAAUGCCAGUGCCGAGCCAGGAAUCGAUCUUCUUUACAAUUAUGCUCAGGUGUUAGUAGAAGCAGGCGAGGAAACGGACCAGGCUCAGUGGUUUGUGCAAGCUGCAGAGGUGUUUGACCGGGUUCUCAGUCUGCAAAUAGCCAAGUUCACGGCUCCACUGCCAACAUAUGACGACUCGGUUGCAACUCAGGACGUUGAUUCUGAUGAUGACGAUGAGGAUAGCAAUGAUUCGCGACCAACACCCGCUGUCAUUCUCGACACCCAGCAGUCGUUUCUCCAGUGUCUUACUUAUCUAAUAGAGAGUUCUCGAGACGAAACUACUCCUGAGACGGUCCUAAUACAUGUAGAAACCGCCAAAUCCAAGGCAGACGAGUUGCAAGCUCAGAUCUUAGAACUCAUUGCCAAGUUCUCGACUGCUCCAGGAGCUCCUAUUGCUACAGCCCCAACUACCAGCGAAACAAGCCAGAAUCUGACACCAGAUCAAGUGGAAGACGCUGUAGUAUGCAUUGCAAAGUACAAAUCAGCUCUUUGUACCUCGCUCGAGGAGCUUGUAGCAGUGUGGUCCGACCCGUCACUGCCAGAAACCGCUCACCGGUACCUGACCCAGGCCGAUGCUUAUCUCGACACUCAAGAACUAAUUCCGUCAAGCACACCUCAAGAAGACGCUCAUAACACACUCUGGAAAGCAUAUUCACUAGCAGCAUCACUUUUAGCAAAAGCACCACAACCUGCCAACACCCCCAUUCUCACUAAACGGCGGAUCCUGCUUGUUCGCGGUGACAUCGACUGGCUAAGAGCACAACUCAAUACUGCUGCUGCCAUCAAAAACAGACCAGUACUUCUCCGCAACGCCGAAGUGUACUACCAAAACUGUAUCAACGUUCCCUCUCUAGCCCAAGACCUCGACAACGAGCUCAUCGUCCGCGAAGCCAGCGUCAAAAAACAGCUACUCCAGGGCAUCCAACCCGAGUCUAUCCAAGUCCCAUCUCUCACCCGCAUCCUCCACGAUAUCAGACAACAGGGUCUCCUGCCGCUGUAA